AUGUCUUAUCAACUUUUAUCUUCAUCUGAGAACCUACUCAAUUGUGUCGGGUAUCGAACAUCCAAAGAUGACUUGGUCUUUGUGUCGUUAGAAACCGGCGAUCGGCAGCCCUCGCAAAAAUUAAAUUUCAAGGUUAUUGAUGAUGACAACAACAUUCUUCGAGCGGCAGAUGAUAUUGCUAAUGGGAUAUCGUUCAUCUUCACUAACCUCAAUAAUCCAAUUCAGAUUGAAGAAGAUAAUCUGUUUAAUUUUUUGAACAAGUUCAGCCCGAGAAAAGAAAGCACAGGGAGUGAUAAAGCCAGGGAUGGAAAAUAUGGGCACUUAUUGGAUCCAAGCAUCGGAAACUCUUUCAUUCAUAUAUGCUUUGAUAAUAUAUUCUACGACAGGUCGUGGAGCUUCAAAAAGCAAACGAGAGACGUUGAUCUUCGCGUCCAAGUCAAAAAUGCCACUACCUUGCUGCAAGUUAACUUCAACGAAUUCGCCAAAUAUUUCAAAAGGAUAAGCCUUGCAGAAGACAAGCAUCUGAGUUUAUCCUCAGAUGCAAUGAGGGAAUUUACCCAGGAACAUUUCGAAGAGGCCACUAAUCUAUUAGCUGUCCAGUUGGAUAAGAUCAGCGAACAACUCAAAAACUCCGAGGAUAUUUUAAACAGUCUUAAAGAGCAUGAGUCACGAUUGAGGGAUGUGAAUGAGGCAAUAUUCGCCAAGUACACAAAAACUUCGGUUGCAAUUCUCGUAUCCAUUUGUCUUUUUGGCUUUUUGCAGAUAGCAUACUUCAAAUUCUAUUUGAAACGCAAAAGAAUAAUAUAG